GCGAGAACUAGCAGACGGUAGUGAGGAAGAAAUGGAGGAAAGUGACUACGUUUCAGAAUCAACUCGGGCGGCAGCGUUCCGGCUAAAAUGGGACGUGUUUCUGAGCUUCCGAGGCGAAGGCACCGGGAAUAACUUCACCGAUCUUCUCUACGACUCUCUCUUCUCCAAUGAGAUCCGAGUGUUUAGAGACAACGAUGGAAUGAAUUGGGGCGAUGAGAUAUCUCCGAGUUCGCUCGAAGCGAUGGAGGACUCGGCGGCGGUUGUUGCUGUUAUCUCGCCGAAUUAUGCAUCCUCGCAGCGGUGCCUGGAGGAGCUGGCCAGAAUUUGCGAGUUAAGGAAAUUGUUGCUCCCCGUGUUCUUCCAAGUAGACCCGUCGGACGUGAGGAGGCAGAAAGGGCCAUUUAAGGAAGCUAUUGAGGGUUUGGAGGCAAAGUGUGGAGUAGAGAAAGUGAAGAGAUGGAGGAAUGCCAUGGAAAGAACUGGAGGAAUUUCUGGUUGCGUUUACAACAGCUGAUAUACCAUCGGGGACGACGAUUGGCAGUGCUAAAGGGUGUGAGGAACUCCACUAUUUUGAAGAAACUGAAGUGGGUAAAUGUUAAACUGAAACUUGUAAUUCUAUGUUGGCCUCUAGGGAUAUUGAUGUUCUGUUAUAGCAUUAUAGACUAGGCCACCCGAACUUGCAAUAUUUAAAACAUGCCUUUCCUUCUAUCUUCUUGAAUAAAACCAUUGCUGAUUUUCAAUGUGAAAUUUGUGAAUUUGCAAAAUAUUACCGCACUAUUUAUCCAAAGUCCACAUAUAAGCCAUCAAAACCAUUUACCAUAAUCCACAACGAUCUAUGGGGUGCCUCACGGAUUCCUAAUCGCACUCACACAAAAUGGUUCGUCACAUUUAUAGAUGAUCACAAUCGAGUAUGUUAGGUCUAUCAAAUAAAAGAAAACCCGACGUACUUUCCAUAUUCAUCAAAAUUCACAAAAUGAUUCAAACACAAAUUCGGAUCCUACGUACUGAUAAUAUAACUGAAUACUUCAAUACCUCCCUACGAGAUUAUCUGCAAGAACAUGGGAUUGUCCACCAAACUCAUGCGUCGAGACUCCCUAGCAAAAUGGGAUUGCCGAACGAGAAAAUCGACACAUACUUGAAGUUACCCAUACCAUAAUGUUCACUCCAAAUAUGCCAAAGAUAUUUUGAGGGAUGCUGUCUUAACAUCAACAUCUCUUAUCAACCGAAUGCCUAGUCGCAUACUUUCCCUCGAAUCACCUAUGCAAAAACUCAAGAAUUCUUUUCCCCAUUCUCGUCUAAUUCCUAACAUAUCCCUCUAAGGUGUUUGGUUGAAUUGCCUUUGCUCACAGUCAUUCCCAUAAUCGAGGAAAACUUGAUCCCUGUGCCUUUAAAUGUCUUCAUUGGAUACUCGCCCACUUAGAAAUGUUACAAAUGCUAUGAUCCAUCAACACGGAAAACAUAUGUUAGUCUGGAUGUCACGUUUUUUGAAAAGACACCUUCACAAAAACUUCUCUUCAGGGAGAGAAGCCUAGUGAAGAUAGGUUCUUAAAUCUUAAUACCUGCCCUAGGAAUAUCGAAAUCUCAUCCCCAAAGAACAUCGAAAUCUCACCUUCAAAACCUAAUAUGCCAUAUAUAGAGGAAAAUAUGAACUAAUGGGGAGAUUUAGGAGUACAAAAUGACACGGAGAUGCCAGUUCAGUCACGGAAGCUAAAAUCAAGGUAUUAGGAGAAUCUCACACUUGAAGUGCCAAAAGAAUCAGAACCGAUGAUAGCUUCAGACCUAGCUCUAGAUUCCCAUGAAUUUGAAUCUUCAGAUACCGAUCUAUCUAUUGCACUCAGAAAACAAACUCGGUAAUGUACUUUCCACCCUAUCUUAAAAUUCAUAUCUUAUAAUACUCUAUAUACAGGGUUCCGCACUUUUACAUCCAAUCUUGACAGUACUGAAAUUCUAAGGAGCGUUCAAGAAGCUUUGAAAAUUCCCAAAUGGAGAGAAGUAGUGAUGGAGGAAAUGUGGGCAUCGGAGAAAAAUGAAACUUGGGAUGUGAUGGAUCUAUUGAGAGGAAAAAACCUAUAGGAUGUAAUGGGUCUUCAAUCUAAAGUAUAAAGCAGAUGAAACAAUAAAAUGAUAGAAAGCUCAGCUGGUUGCAAAAGGAUACCUUUAAACAUAUGGUAUUGACUACAUAGAGACAUUUGCACCAGUAGCCAAACUAAAUACCAUCAGAGUUU